AUGCAGAGCUAUGGCCGCCGACACGGUCACGCAGGUGACGAUGAUGGAUACAACUACCACACACUAAGUAGCACCCAACCUCCCCUUACGUAUUCCAGUGAGGAAGACAUUAACGAAGAUAAUGAAAAGAGCAGGUCUUCCACCGACCAUGGCCACAUCACUAUUCCGCGAAUCGAACUCCCGGUUUCAACCAGUCCUCCUUCUGUGCCACCAGAAUCCUCUCCGUCUCAGCUGCAGCCGAAUCAUGAUGCUGUUGGCUCCCUGGGCGCUUCCAUUCGUGCAGGCGGCACGCCGACGUUGAGCGGCAUAGCUGGUGUCGCUGCCGCGGCUGCUACACAACAGGGAAAACCGCUGAAUUUGACAAAUCUUGCUUUGGCAGCCCAGACCAAUGCACGCAAACGACCUACAACUAGAGCACAAGCAGCUGGAGCAAGACCACAAAGAGCACUAUUCUGCCUUGGUUUGCGUAACCCUCUCCGCAAGAUGUGUAUUGGCAUCGUCGAGUGGAAGCCCUUUGAAUACCUUAUUCUAAUAACGAUCCUUGGAAAUUGCUUUGCACUGGGAUCUCAUACUCCUUAUCCAGAUGGCGAUUCGAACGGCACCAAUUCCAUACUGGAGAAAGUAGAGAACGUGUUUAUCGUGAUUUUCACUAUUGAGUGUUUCCUGAAGAUAAUAGCUCUUGGCUUCGUUAUGCACCCAGGCGCAUACCUCAGGAACGGCUGGAACAUCCUCGAUUUCAGUAUCGUUUGUCUGGGUUCCAACACUGUUGGUGAAGCAAAGACACAGGAAAGGGAAGGUUGUGGAAGUGACGAGGAGAGAGACAGCGAGUUGGGUUCUGUUUAUUCCGAAGACCAUCGAGGUUCGGCUGAAAAUCUUCAACCAAAAAUCAAGCCCAUUCCUGAAGCUUCCUCCUUCUUCAUAUUUGGACCCAGAAAUCCGUUAAUCCUGAAUUAUUUUGACUACUUCUUUACCUCGGUUUUCACAGUGGAGAUUACAUUAAAGGUUAUCACCUACGGAUUUGCGUUCCACAAAGGUGCAUUCUGCCGUAGCGCCAACAAUCUGCUUGACUUGAUGGUUGUACUAACGUCCAUCAUUUCCUACCCCAUUGCUCUUGAUACGAUCUCAGUUGUGAAGAUCCUUCGUGUAUCGCGUGUACUUCGACCACUACGAGCUAUCAACAGAGCCAAAGGCCUCAAGCAUGUUGUGCAAUGUGUGGUAGUCGCGGUGAAGAGCAUCGGAAACAUCAUGCUGGUUACCUUCCUCCUUGAGUUUAUGUUUGCCGUAAUCGGCGUUCAGCUUUUUGCCGGAAAGUUUCAAUUUUGCAACGAUGAAUCUCGCUUUUUUAAGACAGAAUGCGCGUCGAUUGACUCGUAUUCUGAGGACCAUGGAAAAGUAUACAAUUGCCGACCAGUUGUUGCCAUUUUUUAUGUCGCUUUCAUAGUCGUGGUGGCGUUCUUUAUGGUCAACAUCUUCGUUGGUUUCGUAAUUGUCACUUUUCAACAAGAGGGUGAGCAAGAAUACAAAGGCUGCGAACUCGAUAAAAACCAGUGGUUCCUUGCAGUGUUUGAUUUGCUUUCCAUUUUGUUACAGAGAAAAUGCAUUGAGUUUGCGUUGAAAGCGAGGCCCGUGCGACGAUAUAUCCCAAAGGAGCGUUUUCAGUAUCGAAUUUGGUGGUUCGUGACUUCACAACCCUUUGAAUACUGUAUCUUCAUAUUUAUCCUGAUCAACACUAUCUGUCUUGGAAUGAAGGUAAGACAGUGA